CUGUGCGAUGAGCUCAAUGUCCAAAGUUACAAGCCAUGGGCCCGGCGUUGCGCAAACGUUCCUCGUUCCCAACAAGCGUCGAUUCCAGUUGCCGAAUCUCUCACGUUCUCACAAAGCGCUCCUCACCAUCACAUCAACUGCCUCACACUGCGCUACUCGAAUGUCACUGCUGCAUGCAUGAAAUCGACCCGCUUCGUAGCCAUCUUAGACCCGUGUCUCGUGCUGCUGCGCAUUCUGAGGUCAUUAGAAAGUGAUCAUGAUUGGCUAAGCGAUCAAGGUGUUGCGAAGCAGACCCUUCUUGGUACUGCAUCAAAAGAGGAGC